UAUGGCCAUAUACCGUGUGCAGGUUGUGACGGGCAAUGCUUGCUCUUCUGGUAUCUUCGAUUCAAUUUCCCUCACCUUGGUGGGCACGGAAGGCGAGAGUCCCAAAACCAUCCUGGAAACCCAGAGUCCUAGUUUCUGCCAAAGCUUGAAGACCGAAUUCAAAAUCGCUAGUGAACGCAACCUAGGAGAGAUCAUUCUUCUCCGUCUCCAAAGAGAGGACGUGAGGGAAGAUAAACAGGACAGCUUGUAUUGUGAUUUUGUGGUGGUGACGUCGGCCGAAGAGGUGACCUACCGCUUCCCUUGCUACCAAUGGAUAGAGCACCCCUGGCCAAUAGAGCUCAGAGAAGGAACUGCCAAGACACCAUCUAUGGAUCAUCUGCCAAGGUUGCAACAACAUCGGAAAGAAGAACUUAAGCAAAGACAGCAGAUCUUCCGGUGGAAGGAGUUUGCUCCAGGGGUGCCCUGUUGUCUGGAUGUCAACUCUUGUGAGGAGCUGGAGACCGACGUCAAAUUUUCCUGCAUCAAAGCAGCCACUUUUAAGAAAAACGCCGAACGCGAAGCGGUAGAACUCAAGCUGAGAGGCUUUUCGGAUCGACAGGAAUCCUGGGAAAACCUGGAGGACAUCAAGAAAGUUUUCUGGUUUAACAAGACAGAGAUGGCAGAACAUGUCACAGAAUAUUGGAAGAGGGACGAAUUCUUCGGCUAUCAAUUCUUACACGGGUUGAACCCAAUCAUCAUCCAGUUAUGUACCCAGAUCCCGAAUAAUUUUCCCGUGACCCAAACGAUGGUCGCUGGAUUGUUGGGUGACUCCACCACCCUGCAGGAGGAGCUAAAUAAGCAAAGGAUCUUCCUGGUGGACUACAAGAUCUUGGAAGGCCUUUCCGCUGGGCUGAAUAAUGGACGUCUUCAGCAUAUAGCAGCUCCGUUGUGUUUGCUACACUUGUCCUCUGAAGGACAUCUCAUGCCUCUGGCCAUCCAGCUCAGCCAGUCUUCCACAUCCCCCAUCUUCCUGCCCAGCGAUCCAGAAUGGGACUGGAUCCUGGCCAAGACCUGGGUGCGCAAUUCGGACUUCCAUAUCCACCAGGGGCUCACCCACCUGCUCCGGACACACCUGCUGGCGGAAGUGUUCACCAUGGCAACUCUCCGCCAACUUCCGAUGUGCCAUCCUCUCUACAAGCUUCUGAUCCCUCACAUCCGCUUUACUCUUCACAUCAACACCUUGGCAAGGACCCGCCUGAUUCCCAAGGGAGGAGUGUUUGAUGAAGCAACUGGCACUGGGUUUGAGGGUUUGGUCCAGCUGUUGCAGAAGGGAAUGGCGUCCAUCAUGUAUUCCUCCCUUUGUCUCCCAGAAGACAUCAAGGCUCGUGGAAUGUCUUCCUUGCCUAACUACCACUACAGAGAUGAUGGUCUGAAGAUCUGGGCAGCUAUAGAGAGCUUUGUCUCCAACAUGGUUGAUUUAUAUUAUAAGGCAGAUGAUUCCGUCCAGAAAGAUUAUGAACUGCAGAGCUGGAUCUACGAGAUUUUUCAAAAAGGUUUCCUGGCUCUCACGUCUUCUGGUAUCCCUUCUUCAUUCAGUACCGUGGAAGAAGUGAAAAAAUUCAUCACCAUGGUGAUUUAUACCUGCUCAGCGCAGCAUACUGCUGUGAACGCUGGACAGUUUGAUUUCGGCGCCUGGAUGCCGAAUUUCCCUUCCGCCAUGAGGAAGCCUCCUCCCAAAACCAAGGGCCAGGCGAGUCUGAAGAGCUAUAAGGAGACCAUUCCAGAAAUCAACACAACGGCUAACAUCAUCAGCGUCCUGUGGCUUCUCAGUGCUCCAACAGGAGACAGGAUUCCCUUGGGUAAGUAUCCCGACCGUCAUUUCACCGAGAAGGCUCCCCUCGAACUCAUCACAACCUUCCAAGCCCAUCUGCACAAGAUUUCCAACGAAAUUAAGGAGAGGAAUAAAUCGCUCGUCAAGAAGGAGCCCCUCACCAAACAGGACCCGUCUCUUCUCGUCGCUUACAAAUAUCUCGAUCCCGCUGAGAUGGAGAAUAGUGUCAGCAUUUAAACAGGGGACUUAAAUUGUUCCUUUCUCUGGAAGAAUUUAAGCCAUAUAGUAAGCAGGGAGCUUCAACUUUCUAUCUUGUGUUAACGGAUACAACAAUGUGUUACAAAAAUGGAGGUUCUCCAUCAUC